GACCUCAUGGACCUCACAGGGGAAGAUAGAAAGUGGAUGGUAGGGAGGAAGUUAAUGCAAGUGAAUGACACUCUGGCUUCUGAAGAUGCAGGACUCCGGAACAGCAAGAACUGCACUGAGCCAGCCCUGCAUGAGUUCCCCAGGGACAUCUUCAGCAACGAGGACAGGAGACAAGGGGCAGUGGUCCUUCAUGUGCUCUGUGCUAUGUAUAUGUUCUACGCACUGGCCAUUGUGUGUGAUGACUUCUUUGUGCCCUCUUUGGAGAAGAUAUGUGAGCGCCUGCACCUCAGUGAAGAUGUGGCUGGGGCCACAUUCAUGGCAGCGGGCAGUUCAGCUCCAGAGCUGUUUACAUCUGUCAUAGGGGUCUUCAUCACAAAGGGUGAUGUGGGCGUUGGGACCAUCGUGGGCUCAGCUGUGUUCAAUAUCCUCUGCAUCAUUGGUGUCUGUGGACUCUUUGCAGGGCAGGUUGUGGCUCUUUCUUCCUGGUGCCUGCUGAGAGAUUCGAUUUACUACACGCUGUCUGUGGUCGCACUCAUCGUGUUCAUUUAUGAUGAACAAGUUUCCUGGUGGGAGUCUUUAGUCCUUGUCCUGAUGUAUCUUAUUUACAUUGUCAUCAUGAAGUAUAAUGCUUGCAUACAUCAGUGCUUCGAAAGGAGGACAAAAGGUGCUGGGAACAUGGUCAACGGGUUGGCCAACAAUACUGAAAUUGAUGACAACAGCAAUUGUGACGCAACUGUGGUGCUACUAAAGAAAGCCAAUUUCCACCGCAAAGCAUCUGUAAUCAUGGUGGACGAGCUGCUGUCAGCAUACCCACACCAGCUCUCUUUCUCUGAAGCUGGGCUUCGAAUCAUGAUCACAAGCCACUUUCCACCCAAGACCCGGCUCUCCAUGGCCAGCCGCAUGUUGAUCAAUGAGAGACAAAGACUGAUAAACAGCAGGGCUUAUGCCAAUGGAGAAUCUGAGGUGGCCAUCAAAAUCCCUAUCAAGCACACUGUGGAGAAUGGGACAGGGCCCAGUAGUGCCCCAGACAGGAGUGUGAACGGGACCCGCAGGGAUGAUGUCAUUGCCGAGGCUGGACACGAGACGGAGAAUGAGAACGAUGACAAUGAGAACAAUGAAAAUGACGAGGAGGAAGAGGAAGAUGAGGAUGAUGAUGAAGGGCCAUACACACCAUUCGACCCCCCCUCUGGUAAACUGGAAACAGUGAAAUGGGCAUUCACCUGGCCCCUGAGUUUUGUCUUAUACUUCACUGUCCCCAACUGCAACAAGCCCCGUUGGGAGAAAUGGUUUAUGGUGACGUUUGUUUCCUCUACACUGUGGAUUGCAGCCUUCUCCUACAUGAUGGUGUGGAUGGUCACCAUCAUCGGCUUCACUCUGGGGAUUCCUGAUGUCAUCAUGGGUAUUACCUUCUUGGCUGCGGGGACCAGCGUGCCUGACUGCAUGGCCAGCCUCAUUGUGGCCAGACAAGGCAUGGGGGACAUGGCUGUAUCCAACUCUAUUGGGAGCAAUGUGUUUGACAUCCUGAUAGGCCUGGGGCUUCCCUGGGCUCUGCAGACACUGGCAGUGGAUUACGGUUCCUACAUCCGUUUGAACAGCAGGGGACUGAUCUACUCUGUGGGCUUGCUCCUGGCCUCUGUUUUUGUCACGGUAUUUGGUGUCCACCUGAACAAGUGGCAGCUGGACAAGAAGCUCGGGUGCGGGUGUCUUUUCCUGUAUGGCGUGUUCCUGUGCUUCUCCAUCAUGACUGAGUUCAACGUGUUCACCUUUGUGAACUUGCCUAUGUGCAGGGACCACUGA